AUCGAAUAUAUAUUUGAAUAUCUGGCAACGCUGCAUGCUGCAUGCCCGGUGCGUCCAAAAAUUAUUUAGCGUCACAGAAGAACGCUGAUUGAUGCAAUAUAAAUUAUAAAAGUGCUGACAUUUAAGCAACUUGAACGAAUUCAGAAAAAAAUUAUUAAUAAGUGAUGGAGGCCGCCAGUCCCAACAUUUAUUUACGGUGUCCCACAGAACCCCGCACCACUAAGCAACUCUUGGAGUCACCGUUGCACACGAAGCAACUGCCGAGUUCCACAUCCAAGAAAAGGCAACUAAAGAGGCCUCUUCCUGCGCCAACAAUAAAUGUUACAAAAUGCGCUAAUUUAAUGGGCCCUAUGUCCAACACCCUUUAUUCAGAGCCUCGACGCACAAAGGAAUUAUUGCAGUCGCCAAUACACACGAACGUUCGUUCGGCAUCCGCCUCCAAAUAUCCCGUGACAUCUGUGUCGAAACCGACAGAGUUUGUGAUGCCUCACAAGGAGAAUGGUCGCCUACCUAGGCGUAAGUUAGACUUUAACAAAGACGCCAUGAAGAAAAUAGAAGAUCGCAUUUUGGCCUAUGUCAAGCAAAUAACUGCUUUUAAUUCGAUCUCACAGCGGGGCAUUCAAAAAAUGAACGUGAACGAGCUUGUGCGCAUUCUCAGCCAUUUGCUGGCAUUUACUGGCGUUCGGCUGAAGCCAUUGGAUAAAGAAAAUUACAUUGAGCAGACGAUUCAUGCGAUGCAGCUGCUAAAAUAUCCACACAAAAUAAACAAAUCUUUUUUACUGGUGCCCAGCGCUUCUGCGCACCAUUUGAUGCUGAUAUUGGAUUUUCUAUUGGACUUUGCACCGAUGGGGAAUGAAGUUUUCAUGUGCGAUUUUGAUUUUCGUAAGAACACACAGAUUACAAGCGAUACUCAGGAUGAAUUAUCCAGCGCCAAGGACAUUGCUACUCUGCAGCAGGAUCUACAGAAUACGGAAAUGGAAUUGGCCGAACAGGUACAACUGACUAAUUCAAUAGAGAAUCAGCUACGCCUCGUGUUCGAGGAAGAAGCCGGCCUGCAAAGGCAGCUUGAAUUACACCAGCAACAGCUUUAUGCGCUGAGUCAGCAGUCUUCGCAGCUUGAUCAGGGAAUGGGUUGUAUGUGCAUUGAAAUAUGGCGAAGAAACAAUUGCAAAAAAGAACUGCAAAACUGCUUGUGUCAACAAAAAAGCGGCUACCAAGCCUACGCCCAUAUAUUAGAUGUUUACAACAAUUCACUGCGAGACCAUUGUACUCAACUUGAGGAGCAUGCUGAGCGGACCCGCAAGCGUCUCAAAAAUAAUAUAGAGGCUUUCAAUGUACUCAUGCGCGAUUUGUGCUUACCUAAUCUUCAGGGAGAUGAUAUUCAGAGCUCGUUGGAACUGCCUCUUUCACCGACCCUAACUGAAAUACAAGAGCGGCAACUUAAACUUAAACAGCUACAAUGGAAUUGAAAGCGCAGGACACAAGAGAACUCAUUUCGGAUAAAUAGCUGCACGUGUGGGGUGCUCCUUCAGGGCGUGUGUAAACUUGUGCGCAACACAGGGACCUGGGACUCCGGGAUCGAAUUAACAGGCACCGCACCUGAAGCAACGAUUCCAUCAGGGCAGGCCACCUGCUCUGGCAACAGCCCAUCCGUCGCC